UGUUUCCCCAGUAUUCUCACGCAUUUUCUUUCUUUCAGGUGAGUCGUUUACUCUCUUCAGGUAUGGACUUCUUCUCCCUGGACAGGAAUAUAAAGGACCAGUUUGCAUAUAAUCUGGAGACCAACUCUGGCUUCAUUAGCGGAGACAGAGAACAGAUCCACGACGAGGAGCUGAACGAGGGAUUCCUUGUCAAGACUGCUGAGGAGGAGUUGCCUGAUGCAGAAGUCCCCUCCUUCAGAUCCGCCCUCAUCUCCCUCAUCCAGUCCUGCAAAUCCCUCGCCAUCAGAGUAAUGGCGGCCACAGCACUCAGUCUUGGCAGAGAGAAAGAGUACUUCAUCAGCAUGCACCGGGAGCUGGGCACAGAGAAGGGCCUCACCUGCCUUCGUGUAAACCACUACCCGCCCGUGCCUGACACUGUGCCUCAAGGAAUCACCCGCUUCGCCGCCCACUCCGACUUUGGCACACUAACCUUCCUCUUUCAAGACGAUGCGGGUGGUCUACAGGUUCAGGACCACGACGAGACUUGGGUGGAUGCUGUCCCACUUCCCGGAACCGUCCUGGUCAUGGUGGGGACUUCCUCAAGUUAA